AUGCCCAUGCCCCAAAAGUCACUUGUUGGGAAACCAAAGUCUCCACGAAAGUCCAAGUUCUCCCAGGUUAAUGUUAUGAAGGUGAAGAAGACGAAGACUCCAUUCAAACACUGCAUUUAUACUCGAAGUUUAACAAACAGAUUGGCUAAACGCAUCGCUAAUCACACACUUUCAUGUCUUCAAGUUAAAGGUAACGGUCAGCUCUUCAAAGCAGUGGAAGAUGGAGAUGUGGUAAAAGUGCAGGAAUUAAUACAAGAUACAGGAGCAGCUGUGAGGAAAAACAAGAGCAGAUGCACACUCCUUCACACUGCAGCGUCUCACAACCAAGCGGAUGUGGUGAUGUUUCUGCUGAAAUUGAUCAGUCCCAAUAUUACCAACGAGGAGGGACAGACUCCAGCUCACGUGGCCGCUGAAAAGGGUCACACGCAAGUGCUGAAACUUUUAAUGAGUGACUCUGACUUCGAUGCCGACAAACGGGAUAAUUGCCACAACACAGUAAAAACCCUACUUGGUGGCCAUCUGUUCAAGGCCGUAUUAGAAGGGAACAAGAAAGAAGCAGAAAGACUGUUGGCAGUUGGUGCAGACCCAGACAGUCACGGUGGAAAGCUGGUGAAUGGAGUGUUGGCACGAGAGCUUGGAGUGACUACAGCUGGCCUCCUUGCCAGUGCCCUGAAUAUGGAAUGGGCUGUAACCAUGUUUGCCAAGAAUGCAAGAAAUGAUAAAACCGGUGAAACUGGCCUUCUGACAUCAGCUGUCUCAAACUCUGUGCAGCUUAAAGUUCCCACACGACAAUUUCGUGUGAGACAUGCAACGGCAAUUCAAGGAGGUGCUGAUGUGUACAAGAUGGACAAGGAGGCACGAGGCUUUGUUCGCAUCUUUAACUUCAGUUGUUUCAAGGACAGAUCCGACCUGAACCUUCAGCAACUCGACUACGAUGCUUGCAUAAUGUCAGAUGUAUUUGAUAAGAUGGGAUACAUGUGUAAAACACACUCGUCACUCACGGCUCAGCAGACUAAGGAGGUCAUGAAGAACAUUAGGGAUGGUGAUGAGCUAACAGACGUCGGAUGUGCUAUAUUUGUCAUUUGUGGAUAUAGUGUAAAUGGCAGGAGUGUUCUUACGUCUGACAUGAAAUGUGUAGACAUCGACUAUAUGUUGAAUGCGUUCAAAGAUUCCGAAUGUCCUCAGCUCAAAAACAAACCCAAACUUUUCAUUUUUGUUAACAACAUGAUGAAGUUACGAACUUCAAAAAAGUCCAAAAGUGAUGAGGUUGACAGAUCCCUGAACGACAUGGCUUGUCUAUAUUCGAACAGCAUUGGUGUGAACUGCGUCCCGAUGGGAAGGAACCUCCUUCAGCUGGUCCUUUGUGUCGCACUUUGGCAGAACAUGCUGCUGAGCAUGAACUUUGUGAUUUUACAGAGAAUUCCUGAAAGAAUACAACAAGAGCUCUCCUUUUCUCACCCGAGUUGA